CCAGCAUUAUUGCUGUUGAGUCGUCCACCAGUUGGUCCGGAGGACCACCUCCGGGGACUUUUAAUAUUGAUUGCAGCGAGCUAAUAAAAAUGUCGUGACCUACUUCUUUAUGCUGCUCAAAGCAAGACCCGGUGUUCUGUUGCCGGUCAUGUUGCCCUCCGUAUCCCUCAAAUGAAGGGGGCGGCGGGGGGGGGUGACGAGCUCUGUUCACUCUGACAAGACUACACGCACACGGCAAGUUGUCAACGCCAAGACGCGGCUGCAGGAGCUACAGUGCGGAUAGGCCGCGUCGUCCGCGCUCGCUCCGUCUAUGAAUCGCAAAAGUAUCGCACUCGAGUAUAAAUGCAUUUACAAAUGAAUUUUCUUAGCAUGAGAAAUAUAAUUUGUAAUGCGGAUUCACCUUAAGAAAAAAGUUGGUAAUGCAUGACUGCAAUUACUACGAGUGCGAUACUUUUGCACAGGAUGCCGUCCUGUGGUCAUCGAUUUACCUCGUCUCGUGGUUGCUCCCACUGCCUGUUUUGCUGCAGCAGCCUUCACGAUGAGGACCGCAGCACGCGUGGACGAGCAGUAGACGCGUUUUCUAAACGACGACAGGACCACGCGGCGCGGGGUACUUCUUAUCAAUUAAGUAUUAAAGAAUAGGAAAGAGGCUAGAAGUGCGACGAGGACCUAUGGAUUAUAAUAGAGCCUUCGUCCUUCUCUUCUCGUGAAAAAUCUUCGCGGCACCAGACGAUUUGAGCAAAGUCUUCUCGUGAACAACAUCAACAUCAAGCAGAUCAUGAGCUGGGUCCGAUGCUGGCUCGUGCUGUUACCGGUGCUUGUUCGUCCGCCGACCGGGUUGCCGGCUUUUCAUGUGGCGUUACCGAAUGCGGGAGCAGGCGGGGCUGCGGGGGAGCUGCUGCAGGGGGUAUGA